AUGCUAGACCGCGAUCCUGUAGUCAGAGAGAAAGUCUGUCUUACUCUAACGCACCUAGCUACGUUCUACCAAGGGAGACAACGAAUAAUGUCACGUCCAGAAAUAGUGGACAAUCUCAUGGUCCUCUUCCUGAGGGAUAGAAAAGAAAUACGUUAUGCAGCCGCUUACACGCUCCGGACUUUAGCCAGAGAUAGAUGUGCUUGUGAAUCUAUAAUAACUAACAGAGAAAUAGUAGAGAAUUUGUUGAAAAUGAUAAAGAGCGAACACGUCGGUAUCGUACUGUUGCAUUUGAAGACUCUGGAGAACUUAUCCGAAUGGGAUCCGGAUCGUACGUUGAGAGCAAACGCAUUCCAAGUUAUGCUGAAACUCUUCCAGAACAACGACCCUAGAAUCGUCAGUGGCGCUAUGGACUGCAUGACGCAGCUGUGCAAGCAUGAAGUCGGUAUGAAAUUAGCGGACAUGUACGAUUUGACGUUUGUUCUGAGGAAACAUAUAGCGUCACGUCACAUAGAGGUUAUCAUUGCUGCUGUAGGCCUGAUGGCGUACACUACACUGACUACACAAUCAAAAUGGCGCGCAAAAGAACGUUGCGUCGAAAUCACUAAGCGACUCGUUAAUCUAUGUCACAGUCCCAAUAAGCCGCUUCUGCAGCUAAGAUGCAUUCAAGUUUUGAUAAAUUUAUGCGAUUGUCCAGACAUAAGGUAUCACAUGAAGAUGCACUGGGAGAAAAAAGUUAACGCUAUAAAAAUCAGGACUCACGAAGAGUGGGAUGGCACGUCGGAGACCACCAGCUAUGGCUUGGAAACUGGACAUAACUAUAGGACUAUGUGUAUAGAAGACGUAGAAACUAUUAAGAAUGAAUACGGUGAUAAUGCUCUGGUAGUGAACGUACAUAGCUAUGUUAGAAGAGUGACGGAGAAGAAACAACAGUUAAUAGACGCUAUCAAUUGGAAAUCUUACAAACAUUAGAUAUUGUUGUAUCUACUCUUAUGAAGGUAACGAAUUUUGAUUGAAUUGCGUAAUUAUGAGUCUUUUUCUGCAAUAACAACUUUUAUCAUUAUUGAGUCCAAUAAUUUAUAUAUGUGUCAGUUUCCAAAGUAUUUUAAAAAUAAUAUCAAGCAAAGAAUUACAGAACAUUUUCUACGCAGUUGAUGGCACGAGGCAAAAGAAUACAAAUUGUAUAUUCUUUAUAAAAUGUUUUAGUAUUUUUUUUAUAUUAAUGUAAAAAUUAAAACCAGUUUUGUAGUUUUAUACAAUUUUAUUCUAAUAAUAAUCAAUUAUAGAACAUAAAAUACAAUAAAAUAAGAAUUACAAUAUAGUAUACACUAAUUGAGCUACAUUUGGUUUUAUUUUUAUUUCACAAUAACUUUGUGCCUUUCAGUGGCGGGACUUAAAGCUAUGAAUUCAGUCGAUAGGACCAAAUACGCACCAAAUAUUUAACUAUACGCAAUUAUCUACAUAAUUUACACAAUUUAAAUAAUAUUCAACUAACAUUUCGUAAUGAGAUAGAUUUUAAAAUUAGUUGCAUUGUGAUCGCGGCCUCUAAAUAAAUAUGCAUAUUUAAGUACAUUAAUUGCAUAUCCUCUAAUAUAUUUAACUUCACAAAAAAUUAAAUAGGUACUAAUUAGCUUUGUUAUCCAACAAUACAUACAGCUUCUCGAACUCAACAUUGAGUAGAGCACUGUCUUGUAUAGAGGUUCAAUAUUGUAACACCUUUAUUACCUUUUGUAGUAGGUUUUAUUUAAAAAACAAUCAAACUAUGAUUCUUUGGUAAUAACAUUUUAUCAUAAAAACUAUGGCACAUAAACAACUAAAUUAAAAUUAUCACAAAAUAUUGAAACUCUGAACUGAAAUGUAUCUACAAAUUUUAAAUCAUAAAUUUGUAUUAAUAUAAUUACAUAUAAUAAUUAUUUACAACAAAGCUUCUUUCGGAUUACAUUAAUUGUAUUCGAUUAAUUAAAAUUUUAAAAUCACAGUUAACUUUGGGAAUACAUGUAUAGUUUUUAGAAGCGAUUCAUACAUAAGUGCAAAAUGCAAAUUUUUAAUGGCAGUCAUACACGUAACGAUAUAUAUGUGCAAGUUUUCGCCUUCGAUGAAACUUCGCGCCCUAGGCUAAGCGACGCCCAUAAAAGAGCAUAGCAAAAUAAAUUUCUAAUGUUAGUGCAUGAAUAAAGAGCGAAAUUUUGCCAAUAACAAAAGAAACUGCUUGUCUGGGAUCGGACAACUUUCUGAAAACUAAUUUAUAUUAAUCAUUAUGGGCUCUUAUUGCCACCAAAAAUAUUAUUUCAAUGUAAAUAAACCUUAUUAUGUACCGAAAACUAUGUUUAAAAAUUAAAAAACCUCGUAAACGGCGACUUGGAGGGCGUGACGUCAUUUGUGAGGUAAACAAAAGUGCUUUUAGUGAAAAAAAAAAAUCAUCUGCAGUACUUAAAUUUAAACUCGCAAAUAAAUAUAACAGUAAACUGAUCCUUAUAACCUGUUAAAAGUCAAAUAUAUCAUUAAGAUUAUUUUGAACUAUGAAUGUUUUCCGCGCUUUGUCUAUAGUUUUACCAUCAGUUGCCCACAAAUAACGUCACGCGCUCUGAUUGGUAUUUCAUUUGACGUGAGACAGAUUUAUUCAUUCAUUUAAAAAUUUUGUUUUGCUAUUUCUUCAUUUUCCCCUAGGGCAGUCAUAGACUCGCGUUCAAAGACCAAAAGUCAAGUCAGGUUUUUAA